UUAAUUUUUUUUUUUUACCCCCCUCACCACCACCACCCCACAGUUUGUCAUCAUGGAGAGCUGGUCGCUGAUCUUCUGGGAUGGGCAGGGCAGCUCUCUGAAGACAAUCUGAAACCCUGAGACCUGUUGCUUCUCUACUAAUAUACAGAAGAAAACACUUCAAGAUAACUAAAGGCUCAUUCUUCAGGAGGAACUACAACAACCACAGGAAAUCUAUCCAGUAUUAAAGAAGUACGCGUUCUGCUGCUACAGAAGGAGUAGAAAUAUCUAUUUUUAACUACAUCAUCUGAAGUUCUCCGACGCCCACACUUAAAAAAAAGACCAGAGACAAUAGAACCUGGAAAACUGGCUCUUCAAACCGGACCAGAACCAAACCAGUGAGAAUUUGAGAACCACAACUAGCCAGAAGAGAUCAGUGGAAAUUGGUAGAGCCUGUGGAAAAGUUUGAUGGGACUGCUGACAAUAGGCACCUAGAGGGAGGAGGAGGUCUGGAAGCUAAAGCUGGUACUGCGCCCUGGAUCCACAGUAGAAGAUGGAUGGAGGAAGUUUGGAGAGGAGCCACAUGCCUCUGAGUCCGACCGCUGACACCAAACAUGAUCGCCCGCGGCAACAGGCGGUUACUAACGGCAACCCAACAGGCUCUGCUGUCGCCAGGGACGACGACGGGGAAGACACGCCCCCUGGAAACAACAUCGUGGUCCGAAUCGGGAUCCCGGACCUGCAGCAGACGAAGUGUUUGCGGCUGGACCCAGAGUUACCAGUUUGGACCAGUAAGCAGAGGGUUCUGGUGACGUUGACUCAGUCUCUGUCGGAUGUUUUGAACUAUGGUCUCUUCCAGCCGGCGUUCAACGGCCGAGCCGGAAAGUUUCUGGACGAGGAGCGCCUGCUGAAGGAGUAUCCUCUUCCCCCCAUCACGCCCAUCCCGUACCUGGAGUUUCGCUAUAAGAGGAGAGUUUACACACAAAGCUACGUAGACGACAAGCAGCUGGCCAAGCUGCACACAAAGGCAAACCUGAAGCGAUUCAUGGAACAUGUUCACCAGAAGAACGCAGAGAAAGUGGCCAAAUGGCUGGAGAAAGGUCUGGACCCCAACUUCCACGACUCAGACAGCGGAGAGUGUCCUCUGACUCUGGCCGUCCAGCUGGAGGACAGCUGCGAGCUCAUCAAGGUGCUGCGCAGCGGAGGAGCUCACCUGGACUUCAGGACCAGAGACGGCAUCACGGCUCUGCACCGGGCCGUCCUCUGCAGGAACAGCGCCGCCCUCACGACCCUGCUGGACCUGGGAGCGUCUCCGGACUACAAGGACAGCAGAGGCCUGACCCCGCUCUACCACUCUGCCAUGGUGGGCGGCGCCCCCUACUGCUGCGAGCUGCUGCUGCAGGACCACGCCACCAUCGGGAUCACUGACGAGAACGGCUGGCAGGAAAUCCACCAGGCGUGCCGCUACGGUAACGUGCAGCACUUGGAGCACCUGCUGUUCUACGGCGCCAACAUGAGCUCCCAGAAUGCCUCAGGAAACACUGCACUACACCUGUGUGCCCUGUACAACCAGGACAGCUGCGCCCGAGUUCUGCUGUUCAGAGGAGCCAAUAAGGACAUAAAGAACUACAACAACCAGACGGCCUUUCAGGUGGCGAUCAUCGCCGGGAACUUUGAUCUGGCAGAAAUCAUCAAGAUCCACAAAACGUCUGACGUUGUAGUUCCCUUCAGAGAAACCCCCUCCUAUACCAAGCGCCGCCGGGCCGGCGCCACCAGAACAUCAGCCGGCAACGGCCUCUCGUCUCCCCGCUCUCUGAUUCGCUCAGCUAGCGACAACGCCCUGGAAAGCCCCGCCUCCUCCCCUGGCCCCUCCCUCCAGAGCCUAGAGACGCACCACGACACGCACACGCACUCACUGAGACGCCACCCGCGCCGCCUCAGGUACGCUCAGGUUCACCUGCACGAAGCUGCCAGUAAACCCGCGUCUCUUACUGGUGUGUCGCCCUGCAGCCCGAGUGGGGGAGGUCAUGUGGAGACCAGCCCUCCCUCCUCACCUCCCCCCACUCCACAGAUGAGGAAGAGGAGGCUUUACAGUGCGGUGCCGGGACGCACCUUCAUAGCCACCCGGUCACACGUCCCCCAGGGGCCCGGGGAAAUCCAGCUGCACCGGGGAGAGAGAGUGAAAGUGCUCGCCAUCGGUGAAGGAGGCUUCUGGGAGGGAACCGUUAAAGGCAGAACCGGCUGGUUUCCUGCCGACUGCGUGGAAGAAGUCCAGAUGAGACAGUACGACCCCCGACUGGAGACGAGAGAGGAUCGGACCAAGAGGCUCUUCAGACACUACACCGUGGGCUCCUACGACAACUACACCUCCUACAGCGACUACGUGAUCGAGGAGAAAACAGCCGUGCUCCAGAAGAGAGAAAGCGAAGGAUUCGGCUUCGUUCUCCGAGGAGCUAAAGCUGAGACGCCCAUCGAGGAGUUCGCUCCCACGCCAGCGUUUCCUGCUCUGCAGUACCUGGAGUCGGUGGAUCAGGGGGGCGUGGCCUGGAGGGCGGGGCUAAGGACCGGAGAUUUCCUCAUAGAGGUGAACGGCACCGACGUGGUGAAGGUGGGUCACCGGCAGGUCGUGUCUCUCAUCCGUCAGGGCGGAAGUCGGCUGCUGAUGAAAGUCGUCUCGGUUUCCAGAAAAUCGGAAACCAACCUGAUCAGGAAGAAAGCCCCGCCUCCUCCGAAGCGAGCGCCCAGCACCUCGCUGACCCUCCGGUCCAAGUCCAUGACGGCCGACCUGGAGGAGAUAGCCAGGAGGAGACGUUACGAGAAACUGGAUGAGAUGCUGGCCGGAGGUCAACAGGAAGUGGUGCUGAGGGGCCGCCCGUCAGACGACUUCAGAGCGGCGACGGUCAAACAGCGGCCGACCAGCCGCCGCAUCACACAGGCCGAGAUCAACUCUCUGUUUGAGCGCCAGGGUCUGGUUCCCCCCUCCGCUCCAGAGAAGAGCACCAUGCCUUUACCCAGAGGGAUGUCCAGAACCAAGAGCUUCGGAGCGCCAGAGGAUGACAGAAUCUCGGCUCUGAUCCAUGAGAGCCGUUUUCCACGGAGCUCCUCUCUGACGGACAGCUCCAUCCCGCCUCCUCCUCAGAUGGCUCCGCCCCCACCUCCUUCUGCCUCCUCCACCUCCUCGCUUUACCUCCAUGACUCCGGCCCACCUCCAUCCUUCCUCCCUCCUCCGCCCCCGGCUCGAGGGGAGGGGCUAACCCGCUCCAGCUUCAAGCCGGGGGCGGAGCCGCGGCUGCAGGAGCUCUCGGACGCCAGGAGCCACGCCCACGCCGAGCGGCAGAGGAAGGCGAGGUCCAUGAUCAUCCUGCAGGACACCCCCCCACCGCCGGGGCUUCAGCAGGACGGCCACGCCACCGGCUCCACGCACACGCUUCACACCGCCACGCAGACCUCCACGCUGUCCAUCCACGGCGCCGGCCCCGCCCUCGGACACUCGCCGCUGUCGCGCCGCCGGGGACGACCGAUAGAAAACCCGUACGCCAACGUGGGACAUCAGGCUCCGCCCAGCAAACCCCAGAGGAGGAAGUCCCCUCUGUUGAAACAACUUCCUGUUGAGGAGCAGGGUCUUGGCAUCAAAGACCACGAUCCAUCCAAAUCUGACGGAGGUGGACUCAUGAGCCCGAGCAGAGCGGAGCUGUAUCAGCAGCAGGUUCUGUCUGAGCGCGCCCGGGUUCAGGGCCGCCGCUCCUCGCUCUUCCUGUCUGUGGAGGGGUCAGGGUCAGACCACCAGGCUCCGCCCCUCCUGACCCAGAGCCACUCCAUGGACGACCUCGGCGAGCUGCCGCCUCCGGCGCCGGUCCUGUCGCCCUCACCGACGCCUCACACCUUCCUGCACCCGCUGACAGGAAAACCUCUAGAUCCAUCGUCUCCACUCGCCUUGGCUCUGGCUGCUAGAGAACGAGCGCUCACCGCCCGCACGCCCAGUCCCGAGCCUCGAAUCAAACACACCUCAGCCUCCACCACGCCCGUUCCCACCCCAGCUGCCAGUCCAGAGACCAGACACAAGCGCAUCCCUUUCACCACCCCGCAGAGCAGCCCCGAGCCGCGAUCCAAGCGCACCUCUCCCCAGACCAGCCCAGAGCAGCGCACCAAACACACGACGCCUCAAACGAGCCCUGAGCUGAGGCACAAGCGCAUCACGCCGCCGCUGUUCCCCGACGGCCAGGUGGAGCGCCCUGAAACCGAAGGGGGCGUGACCUCACCUGCCGCCCCCUCCCCUGAACGGUGGAGGCCCUCCCCUCUGCCGGCCCUGGCCAACGAGAGCCACGGCGCUCUGAUCGACAGACGGAGGAGUCUGACGGUCGGCAGCUCGGAGGAGGAGGGCGGGGCUUACACCGUCACCCUCCCGCCUGCCCUGCUGUCCUCCAGCGACGAGGAGACCAGGGAGGAGCUGCGCAGAAUUGGCCUGGUGACUCCUCCCCCCGCCUUCGCCAGCCCGCCUCCCCCCCCUCCUCCACCGUCCUCCCUCUCCCUGUUGCCACGGCGAGGAGGCGAGGGAGGAGGCGAGAGCGGCCCUGAGUCCCUCGGGAAACGAGACGAGGAGGAAGGAGGAGACGAGCGUCUCCACGACAGCUCCUUGUCCCCCAGUUCGCUCCCCCCCUCCAUCACCCUGGCCUCCCCUCCCGCUCCAACUUCUCCGUCCUCCCCACCCGCCGCUCAUCCCUCCCCCUCCUCCGCCGCCACCUCCCCGUCGGCUCUGAAGCCCCGCCUCCGGUCGCCGAUCGGCCGCGGCCGCUCCGCGCUGCGGGACCCGCUGCUGAAGCAGUCGUCGGACAGCGAGCUCCUCCCCUCCGCCGCCUCCUCCUCCUCCCCCUCCUCCCCGCUCUGCUCCUCCCCCACCAGCGGCAGCAGCCGGCAGCCGCGCUACCUGUUCCAGAGGAGGUCCAAGCUGUGGGGGGGCGGGGACGACGAGCGGCGCGGCCUGAGCCCAGAGGAGGGCCGCCCGGCGGCGCUGGGAGGUCAGAGCUCCGGGUCGGCGGUGGACCUGACGGCCCGAUCGGCGUCCGCCCUGGAGCUGAGCGGCCGCGCCGGGUCGGGACUCGAUCUGGCCAACCGCCUCCAGCUGCUCAACAAAGACAGCCACUCUCUGGGGGAGGAGCCGAGUCCCCUGGACCCGGGCAGGAGGUCACCUGUAGGGGGCGCCAGGUUGUUCUCCAGCCUUGGUGAACUGCACACCAUCUCCCAGAGGGGAUACGGCGCCAGCUACACGGUCCGACCAGGAAGCCGCUACCCGGUCACCCGCCGGAGUCCCUCCCCCUCGCCCUCCCCCUCAGAUCGCUCCAUGGGGCUGGGUUCCUCCCCCACGGCCAGCUCAGAGCGGCCCGACUUGAGCUCGGGUCGCGGCCUCACCAUCCUGAAGUCGUCGAGCCUCAGCCUGCCGUCGGAACCGAAGGAGGUCCGUUUCGUUAUGAGAAGCGCCAGUGCACGAACCAGAUCCCGCUCUCCUUCGCCCUCGCCUCACGCCUCGCCUUGCCCCUCCCCGGUCCUCAGCGGGCCCCUGUUGGCCCUGCGGCCCUGGAGGCAGCGGCCCCUUAACCUGUGGAAUAAAUACGACGUGGGUGACUGGCUGGAGAGCAUGGGCCUGGCCGAACACCGCCAGCGCUUCCAGGAGCACGAGAUCGAAGGCUCCCACCUCCCGGCGCUCACCAAGGAGGACUACGUGGAGCUGGGCGUCACCAGACUGGGACACCGCAUCAACAUCGAGAGGGCUCUUAGACAGCUGCUGGAUAGCUCCACUUGACCCCUCGCCUCCGACCAAUCACCACCUCUAGACCCAUCUCCUCCGUCAGCUAUCUCAGCCGCCACAGAGCCGCCGCCCUUGUGUUGACGCCCAGAUCUCCGAAGCGUCUCGCCCGAUCAGCUCCUUGAUCAACGCCCGACGACUGGAGGCCUCACCUCCGAGUCCAGCUUCCACCGACGUACGAAACGAUUUAAACGUCUAAAGUUCUCGCCAGAUGUUGGGUAAAACACGCGUAAUUCAGACAAAGAGGAUCAGGGUCUUUCUUUUAGUUCACUCACUCAUGAAAUACGGUUGG